UGUUUGUGUUACGCAUUUGUUGUGGAUUGAGGUUAGGUUUAUCGUAACGCUUUACCUUGUAGUACAUGUACAUGUGCUACUAGAUUACUUUCUUUUAAAAGUGCAGCGAUCAGUACUAUAUUUCCCAUCAUGUCAAGGUUAAUUAUAAAGAACCUUCCGAACACGAUAACGUCUGAAAAACUGAAAGAACGCUUCUCCACACAGGGUGUCGUGACAGAUAUCCAACUGAAGUAUACGUCCAGUGGGAAAUUCCGUCACUUUGGCUUCAUCGGUUUCCAGACACCUGAAGAAGCCGAAAGAGCUGUCAACUAUUUCAAUAAUACAUUUAUAAAUCAGUCGAAAAUCAUUGUCGAACACUGUGCAGAGUUAGGUGAUGCGAGUAAGCCCAAAGCCUGGAGCAAAUAUGCACCUGACAGUUCAGCUUAUAAAAAACUUCACCCCAGCGAAGACAAGGUUAAACCUUCAUCUGACAAAGAUUUGGUUGUCAAAGAAAAGAAAAAGGACAAAAAAGAUACAAUUGAUCCAUCAAUCGCAGACAAAUUGAAAAAGCACAAAGAUGAUCCGAUGUUCCUGGAGUUUAUGGAGGCCCACACGAAGGAGGGAGGAGCGUUGGGCAGUGACGCCUUGAAACUAUUAACUGAAGACAAGGAUUCUGGCGUGGACGAAGAAGCCAGUGAAGAUAGCGAGGCAAAAGAAAGUGAAGAAGUUGAGGAGAAAAAGUCAUCAGCCUUUGCGGCAAUUUCAGAUUUGGAGUAUUUAAAACUGAAGAAAAAAUCAGCAAAAAUAGAAAAAGAAGAUGAAGAUGAGAAGAAGCCUGAAGUGAAACCACUAGAAGAGAAAGAAGAUAGCAAACAUUUUACAGUAAAAAUAACCAAUCUGGGGUUUAAAACAAAAAAGAAGGAUUUGAAAGACUUUUUCCGUCCACUGAAAGCAGUGGGUAUUAGAAUCCCUCCUAAAUCAGCAGGGUUUGCCUACAUCAGCUUCAAAAGCUCAAAGGAAAUGAGGAAGGCGUUAAAUAAAAACAAAAGUUUUCUGAAAGGAAAACAAGUUGGUGUGAAAGAAUAUAGUGGAAAAGAAGAUGAAAACCAAAAAGUUUCAGAAACGAAAAAUGAGAAACAAAAAAGGUGGAAGGAACAAGAAGCCGCACUGAUGCAGGAGGAGAGUAUAGCCGAGUCUGGCAGCAUAUUCGUGCGGAACCUCGCAUAUACCAUAUCGGAGGAAGAGUUGACUGCACAUUUUGCUACAUUCGGUCCCCUGGCCGAUGUCACGAUGCCUGUGGACAGAGAGAGCCGCAAGAUGAAGGGGUUUGCGACAGUAACAUAUGUCAUGCCAGAACACGCUGUAGCCGCCUACACCAAACUGGAUGGUUCCGUGUUCCAUGGACGCAUGCUACACCUGCUCCCUGCAAAGACAAAGGCUUCAGCUGACAAAGAAGAGGACGAAGACAAAAACUUCAAGGAUAAGAAAAAGGAUAAACAGAAAGCCGCUGCAGGACAAAGUCACAACUGGAAUACACUCUUUUUGGGCCAAAACGCAGUUGUUGAUAUAAUAGCUGACAAGUACAAGCUUUCCAAGCAAGAGGUACUGACAGGUUCUGCGGUUGCUGUAAGAUUGGCGCUGGCGGAGACACAAAUGGUCUCAGACACACGGAAGUUCCUGGAAAACAAUGGAGUUUCGUUGGAUGCCUUCAAUCAGGCCCCCAAAGUGCGAUCGAAGACUGUGAUACUUGUGAAGAAUUUGCCAGCAAAAACCACAGCCAGUGAAAUCAGAGAGAUUUUCUGCAAGUUUGGUGAACUGGGGAGGAUACUGCUGCCUCCCAGUGGAGUUACUGCGAUUGUAGAGUUUUUAGAGCCAUCGGAGGCCAAGAAGUCUUUCCACUCUCUGGCCUACACCAGAUUCAAGAAUCUGCCUCUGUACCUGGAGUGGGCCCCAGAUGACACAUUCACCGAUAAAGGAAAUAUAAAGAACCCUGAUAAAAUGGAAGAAGAUAAUGAUGAUAAACAAAAAGAAGAUGAAAAAGAGGGAGAAAAUAAGGGUGAAAAUGAGGAUGAAGAUGAAAUUGAACCCGAGCCUGACACUGUGCUUUAUAUUAAGAAUCUCAACUUCAACACAACAGAGGAGAGCAUUAAAAAGCACUUCAGCAAGUGUGGCCGAGUAGCGAGUGUGACGAUUGCACGCAAGAAGGAUCCCUCGCGACCGGGUGAGCUCCUCAGCAUGGGGUUCGGCUUUGUACAGAUGACACGUCAGGCUGAGGUGAACCGUGCGCUGAAACAACUGCAACACUCCACACUCGAUGAUCACCAGCUGGAACUCAAACGCUCAAAUCGCACAUUGCAAGAGAGUGCAGAUGCUAAUAGAAAGAAGAGUAAUGUGGAGAAACAAACCGGGACUAAGAUCUUGGUGAGGAACAUUCCCUUCCAGGCUACACAGAAAGAGGUCCAGCAACUGUUCGAGACGUUUGGAGAGAUCAAAGCGCUGAGACUGCCUCGGAAGAUGGUCGGCACAGGGCCUCAUAGAGGAUUUGCAUUUGUGGAGUUCCACACCAAACACGAUGCGAAGAGAGCAAUGCAGGCAUUGUGCCAGAGCACCCAUUUGUUCGGGCGCAGGCUGGUGCUGGAGUGGGCGCAGCAGGAAGAAACAGUUGAACAGCUCCGCAAGCGGACAGCAGACAACUUCCGUCCAGAAAAAUCUCAGAGAAGCAAGAAGAGCAAAGCGGACCUGGAAAUUGAAAACAAUGAAGAUGAUGAGUGAAAUGAGAUGUUUGCACGAAAGGAUUUAUUGGUUUGAAACAUACUCAAGAAGUCAUGGAUGAAGAUUACAAAAUUGCUAAUGAGAGACUUAAGUGAACAUUAUGUACAUAAGUGUAAUUAUGUAAAUAGCAACUCUUUAAGUGCAGGAAUUCCAACACGCAAUAUUAUAAAUUUACUGUUGUUUUGGCUCGGCCUCAGGCCGUAAGUAGAUACUUUCAGACAUUUCUGUAAAUUCAUCUAAGAUAUCGCAAUUUAUCACAUAUAUGGUCAUGUUAACUUAACCCUCCAAGUGGUAAUUAAAUCACUUUAAAGUGCUGGGCUGUUUUGAAUCAAAAUGCAUGGUUUCUUAAGAUACAAAUAUACAUUCAAAGAUCAUGUGUUAUAUAUCAUUCUUUUCAGAAAAACAUGCUUUAGGAAAUAAAUAUAAUUCAAAACAAUUACCUUUUCUCUAAAAAAAAGUCUUGAUGAGUGGUACAACAUAUUUUUUCUUUUUGUUUUUUUUUAGAUGUUGUAGAGGUUGUAAAUGCGUUUUAAAACAUUAUUUUUCCUUCUACUCAAAGGCUUACAAAGUAGAGCCAGUGCGUAGAGAAAUCUCUCCUACGUUGUUAUACGAAAAUCACGGAAUAAUUAAAUAAACCGUUUUUACGGCAAUUUUAAAAAAAUGAACAUAUCGCACAGUGCAAUAGUAGCACUUGGAGGGUUAAAAGUUAUAUCUCUGGCCAUAUUUUGUAAAUUUAUAUUAUAACAAAUUCAAGUUUUGAAAUUUUAACCCUUUCACUACCAUCAUCCAGUUUUCUGGACAUCUGCAAAACUAAUUACAAAACGUAAUAAAAAACCACAUUAGAAGUUAUUUGAUGUGAGAAUCAUGUUUGGAAUCAAACACUUUAUAUUUAGAUAAUGCUUUUAUAGAAAUAAAUCCGCAUAUGUGUGUGCUCAUACAGUAAGGAGUACCAGUCCCCUUUUCACUCCUGCUAAAUGUUUGGAAUUCUGGCUUAAGAUGUUAAUAAUGUUAAAUAAACUGUACUUUUGUAGUGCUCUAGUUUUAUAAGUGUGUUUUAUAACUGCUCAAGACCGAGUAUGUUUUACAAAAAAUUACUUAUGUUUAUGUGAUUUACAAAUUGAUUCAAAAUA